GAUAAAGGGUUUUAUUUUGAAAGCAGUGGAGUCGGAAGUGUUCCAUGUAAGAGAACGUCCCAGUCAGCUGUGCAGUUAAAUGUCCGUCGCUUAGCCGGCCAACAGAAACAUAAAAAACAAUUGUUUUGGGUUUAACAUUAUGGAAAGGAAUGUUACGCGAUACAAUGUACAACUAUAUAUUUAUGAUCUAUCGAGAGGAAUGGCCCGCAGCCUCAGUCCCAUCAUGUUAGGAAAGCAACUGGAUGGUAUAUGGCACACAGCUAUAGUGACAUAUGGUGAGGAGUUCUUCUUUGGAGGGGAGGGGAUCUCCAGCUGUUCGCCGGGUGGGACAAUGCUGGGUCCUCCAGACACAGUGGUAGAGCUGGGCGAGACUGAAGUGUCUGAGGAGAUCUUCAUGGAGUACCUCUCUUCCCUGGGAGAAAGCACAUACAGAGGUGACAGGUAUCGUCUGUUUGAGCACAACUGCAACACCUUCACCAACGAGGUGGCUCAGUUCCUGACGGGCAACUCCAUCCCGUCCUACAUCACCGACCUUCCAUCGGAAGUCCUCUCCACACCGUUCGGCCAGAUCCUGCGGCCCAUUCUGGACUCUAUCCACAUCGCCCCUCCAGGAGGUAACGUCAUCAACGGGGGAAGAAACGCGUAACCUGAGAGAUCAGCGGAGUUACACAGUGCCCACAAGGUCACCUUCAUUGUAGUCAGACAGUCAAACUAAUUGUCUUUCUUUCUUCUUUCUUUCUGUAAAUAAGUUACACACUAGCAUUGAAGCUAAUGGCCAUUUCGGAAGCCAAUACUGAUAACUGACAGGUGUUUUCUGAAAAAAGAAAAUCACAAUUUACAUAUAAUUUCCUGCUUUAAUCCUACAGGAGUUGGUUCAUGAAUACUACUAGUGUGAGGGUGAAUCUGGCAUCACAUUCAAUGUACUUAAAAAACACGGAUGGAAUUUAAGGUUUACCAGCACAGCCGGAUAUCAAACAGUUGCUUUCCAACACUAACAGCUGACUUUGAUGAAUGUUGCCUUCUUAUAUAUAAAUCUGUGGAAAGUCAGAUGUCCAAUUAAGCUUUUUCACAAGUGAAAUUUAACUAACACAUGUAUUUAGAUUUGGGGCACUACAACGUAAUUCAGCAUUUACAUUUUGCAAGAAUUUAUACUUUUACUCCAUAACCUAGUCAUAUUGCCCUUUUUACUCCAUUACAUUUAUUUGAUGUCUGUAAUUAAACCACAUACACCAUUAAAAUACCUCUUGCCCAUAAGUGCAUCCAACUUAUUUAGAACUUUAACUUUUGUACAACAAAAAGGUACAAAAUGCUCCUUUACUUUUAUUUAAGUUGGAACUUGUAGUUUCUUUUCUUUCCAUUUAGGUGUUGCAAUGUUUAUUUAAUAAAGAUUUUAUUAUUUCAGUUUAGUUAUUUAACAAGGAAUCUAGUUGUUUUUCACUACUGACAUUAUGAUCAACACUUCCGAUAUACAGUAUACCCACAUGGUUUCUGCAGUGAAAAUCAUCUGCUGCUGACUACAAUGGAAUUAAUGAGUGUAUACUUUUACAGAAAUAUAUUUGAUAUAUUAAAUUAAAUGGACAAAGAUUGAUGGAAAAUAAGAGGAAGAGUGUCUUUUAAUGUCAAUCAUAAUUUAAUUUUGCACUUUUAUGAUUGUUUUCUUUUUGUUAUUUGGUAGCCUGUAGUUAAAUGUCCACCAAUGAUCCUUUUAUAUCUGUCAUAUUUGUCUUUACUGUUUCUGUUGACUUAAUUUGACAUCAUUCCAUUUGUUACAUCAUUUGUGAAACAGCAGGUGAUUGAUGCCUAACUCACACUGAGCUUACAAGACUAGAGGUGAUAUAAAAAUGUGUUGAGUGUAUGUCUCUAUAGCAGGAUUGGGACCAGUUAAUUAUUAAUAUUAAUUAUGUUUAGACUUUGUACAGUACAUGAAAGUAAUCUCAGGAGCUGAUUACAAAAGUGUAACUUUUCCAGACAAUUCUGAUUUAAACUUAAAAAAAAGGAAAAAAAAAGUUGUCUUGGUCAGAAAUAACCAAGAAUGUAUUUAAAUCUCUUCUCCGAUAUGAUUGAACUGCACCACAGUCCUGUUAUAUGACAUAAGUUGUGCCUCUUGGCCUGUGUUACCAGCUCCACAGUGGAGGUGCUAUUAUACAGUUGUUUUGUUGCCAUGUGUAUUCUAAACGACUCUCUAUCCACAGAAUUUUUUUAUUGAUAGUAGAGGUAAUGCACGGCAAUGUCCUGUACUGUCAACUUAAAAACAACCUGCUCGAGUCCUUUAACAGCCACCAGCGUGUGUUGGAUAUACAAUACACCUCUGUGCCUUCAUUUCCCUCUGCUUGGCUACAGUCACACUGUUAGGAGUUGGCAUGGUUAUCGUAUAGCACAGAUGGUAACUCACUAUGCAGUCUCUGCAAGUCAGUUUACCGUGUGAACGUCCAGAAAUCUUAAAAUCGUACACAAAUGUGGUUAAAGGGGUCAGAAGUAGUAAUGGACCCUGAACUAAAUUCCGUAGGACACGUAAUCAGUUGAAAACACUCACAGCCUAUUAUUUCAGUGCAUUAUACACGGCACUUUACCUGAUUAAGACACAUGAACCAUAUUGAACCUCAUGAGCCUACACAGAACAAAAGGAUCAAAUAAGCACAGAAAAACAAGGACUCUCAAAGAAUGACCAAAACGAAACCAGCAUUAACUUUCAUUGCGUUCUCCUGCAAUAAACAAUCACACACAUGUUACCUUCCAAGCAGUCACCAUCACCUGAUCAUUUCUCUCGUGCACCUGGAAAUAAAUAUGGGACGUGCAAGAAUUUCAGAACUUUAUUUUCAAAACCUGGUAUUUGUAAAUAUUUGGCCACUUUUAGGUUAAUGCCCCUUUAAGAGGCUAGAAGGCUCAGGUGAAUCUGGCUUCUGUUGUUGUUGCCUUCUGCUAACCAACUAAGUGACAUAGCCAGAACAGUGAAAUGUUUUACUGCACAAACUACUCUUUGUUGCUCUGAUAUGUGUUGUUGCUGCCUGUGAUGUAAAAUUGCAACAGAUAGUGAUGGAUAUUAUUCUCUAUUUAAGUAAUCUAACUAUAGUAGAUAUGUUUAUUGUUUGUGUAAUUGUUUUCUUUUGUAAAUCUACCUACAUAUAAAGCCAUUGACUGCACA